UAGGGGUGAGAUGUAAUGCCUCUUAUAUAGCAGUGUGACACACACACACAAAAUACUAGGUGCUUCUCAGGGCACUAACACAGAUGUGAUUCUACCAUUUCCCAGGGAAAGGAUUGCAGAUGAUGUCUUUUAGGCCUCUGGCAGGCAUUAAUUUAAUUAUGUGAUGGAUAUAACACAUUUUAUUCUGCACCCCAAAAAAUGCAUAUCUUGCCAUGCUGGACAUGCAUUGCAGGUUGCAAUGUGUCUGCUGGAAUGGGAGGCCUGAGAACAGGGACCUAGAUCCCUGGCUCCUUAUGACCUGGGACCUUAAAAGGGAGAAAGCAUGGCAUUGGGAACUGAUCCCCAGUCUUGGGCUCUCCAUGCACCUGGAGCUUCAAAGGGGGCUGCAGGAAGCACAGUGUCAAUUGCUGGAUAAAUGUAGCAACUACUAGGGGCCUUUGACACUUAGUCCUACCAAAUGUAUCCAGAAUCCAUUACUUGCACUUAAUCUAAAACUAAGACCAUAAAGAUUACUCUGUCUUCUGGGAAUAUGAUUCUUAUUAGUUUAGUUUUAUUUUUACCUGUUGAUUUAACAGCAAGAUAUUAAUAUAGAGCUAGUUAACCUGUACUUAACUCCAGUAGUGUUGCUCUGUUAGUUUCUAUAUUGUAAUGUCUUAAUCUGGUAACAUUCUUUUUCUCUUUUGUCCAGUUCUUUGAAAUACUGAGAGUGGAAAAAACAGAACAAAAAAAUGGACCCCAGUCUUUUGUUAGCUGCUGCUUAUGGUUUCCGCCAUUUCACUCCUAAUUCGUUGUUUGAAAUUGAGAAUAGAAUUGCUGAGAAAAAAGCAAAACGAGCUCAAGCCAAGCAGGAUGACAGCAGUCAGCAGGUCAAAGAAGAAGAACAAUGUUCUCCCCAGCUGGAUCUGAAAGCUUGCAACAAAUUGCCUACUAUCUAUGGAAAACCUCCACCAGAGCUUGUUGGAGUACCAUUGGAGGAUCUUGAUCCUUACUACAGUGACCACAAGACUUUUAUGGUACUGAAUAACAAGAAUAUAAUUUUUCGAUUUAGUGCAGCACCUGCCUUAUGCAUAUUUGGCCCUUUCAAUCCUAUCAGAAGAACAGCAAUUAAAAUUUUGGUUCAUUCAUAUCCUUUUUACUGGUUAUUCUUAUUCUAA